CUUUCUGUAUUGAAGCAGAAAUUCAUUGUGCAGGAAAGUCCUCCAGAGCUCUGCAGCCCCGCUCGGAUCCCCGGGGCCCCCGUGCCUGGACCCCGUGCCUGGGGCCCCGGGCCUGGCUGAUCCCUGCCCACGCGGGGCAGCCCACAUCUGACCCCCACAAGUCACUGCCUCGCUGGACCUGCCAGGCUGCCCUGGCACUAAGUCCCGGGGUCCCUCCCGGGGUUCCUGGGAGAAAGGCGCUUUUGUGGCCGCCUCCCGCACGCCAGGCUGCAGGCUCCACUGUGGGUCUCAGAUGCCCUGCGGUGACUGGCACUGUCUGCUCUAGCGUCGGGUCCCCAUCUGAGGGGUGGCCUGGCCUUCGGGGCCCCCACGCUCCUCUGUGAAGUCCCCUUUGGGUGUCACCAUGGUCCCCGGGACCUGGGCCAGCGGGAACGUGGGAGCACUGGGUGCUGCUAUAAAGUCAGCGUUCCGAGCUGCCCUUUCCCGUAGGAUCCUCUGUUCUCUAAGUGCAGGUCGGGAAGCAAAGCCCCCGCCAGGCUGGCCCCACGCACUCCACCACCGUGUGCUGGGGGCAGGGAGGCGGGACGGGGACGGAGGAGAGUUGAGCCCCCACCUGCUGCCUGGUUGGGGCCCUGAGAGCUACACGCACAGGGUGCCCCCACCCCCCACCCCACACAUUUUCUGCCACAGGCCCAUUCCCUGAAUACAACCUGUGCAGGUGGGACCUGCGGACCCCGACCCCCAGCUCAGACCUGAGGUGGGACAGAGCGUGGGUGUGCGUCUCCAUGGGCCGGCCGGGCUGCAUGGGGCUGUAGACACGGGCCCCAGGAGGGCUGCCAUGGGCCAUUGGGGGGCAAGUGGGUGGCUCCUUGGAGGGGCCAGCAGUGGGGGCGUGUUUGCUGACGGUGAUGGGCCUGGCCAGAGAGGGCUGAGCUGGGGCAGGGCAGGCCUUGAGGGGCAGAGGGCCUGGGCAUCAGGACGCCGGAGCGCUGCCCCUGCUCGUAACCGUGCCCUCCACCCAGGCAGAAACGUCCACUGCCUGGAGGGCUGUGUCUUUAGACACCUGCCUCCCCGUCCCUGAAAACCCCCAGCCUGAGGUUUGCAGCCCGGGAGCACCUGGGGGAGCAUCGGCUCUGCCCUGGGCCCUGGCCCACGAAGCGUCCUGGGGCUGGGAGGGUCACCUGGUCCUGGGGAGAAAGGGAGGGACUGGACAGCCCAAGGCUACUCUGAGCCCAGCACCGGCAGCCCCACCUGACCGAGAGCGGGGUGAAGGGAAGGAGUGGGACCGGGAGGAGUGGGGUGGAGGGAAGGAGACAGGGACGGCGGUGGGGGUGGAGAGGAGUCCACGUCCUGCUGGAAACUCCACUCCUGCAUUUGCACCAGGCUGGGCGUCUGGUUUGGAGGAUAACAUCGGAAACAGGCACCAACAGCAGGUUCAGCCAGGUAGGCUCUGGAGGCCGGGCCAGACACAGGCACCGUCCCAGUCCACCCUCUGAGUAGCCUCCCAGGCCCCAUCUCUCUCAAUUCUGGGUCCCCUUCCUCUCUCCCACCCAGUGGCCCAAACCAAAAACCCAGGGUCCUCCUGCCACCUCCAUAUGUCCCCCUCAGCUGGCUCCCCGCGUCCCCCACCUGUGCUCUUGUGACUGGCCCCUGGUGGGCAGCAGGGGGUCAGCCAGGACCUGUGGCAGCGAGGGACGCACCCUCCUCACUGUGUGGGAGGGACGUACUGGCUGGGCCUAGGGUUGGCCCCAGCACGUCCCAGAGCCCUACUCCCCGACACCGGCCUCCCCUCUGCACAUCUGGGCCCCUGGGAAAGAAGUCCAGCCCCAGAACCAACAGAGCUGCUGCAUUUGAGCCAAUGGCCCAGCAUGGGGCGGGGUGGGGCGAGGCUGUGGGGGAGCCCAGAGCAGCCCAGGCCCGGAAGGCCCCUCCCCACAGCAGCCACGCCACGUCCCAAGGCCUGGCAGUGCCGGGUCUGACCUGUAAUCCAGGGACCUGGAGGGGAAGGAGUCGCUGAGAGGGCGUGAGGAGACCGAAAGUGAAGGAGGCGAGGGGUCAGGCGAUCACGCCAGCAUGCACAUCUCAAGCAUGCGCACGUGUGAUCACACACACGCCCACAGGCUCACCCAGCUGCCUGCCCACUGGCUGCGAUGGAGGGGACCAGGCGGGCCCACCCUAUGCCCUGGACAUGGCCAGCCAAGCUGUUCUGCUGCCAUCCCGAGAGCCCAGCACCCCGACCCCAGCCUGGUCUGAGCUGGGAGAAGUGGAGCUGCUGGCUCCUCUCCUACACAGGGAGGCCUGGCCUGGCCCCGAGACCACACAUUCCUCCGGCCUUCCCUCACCUUGGCCGCCAGCACGAGUGUCAGCCGGGAGCCCAGAGUGACCUCAGUGCCCAGAUAUUCCCAGGAGCUGUCGGGACGUUCCCAGAGCUGCAGGGCCAGGCGCUUCCUGGAGGCGGCAUGUGACCCGAGUCACGGCCCUCAGGAAAGCGCUUUCUGGGCUGGGCCUCGCAGUGGCUCCCCACACGGAGUCCCCAUAGCCUCCGCCACCUGGACCCCCUCACAGAGCUCCCAUCCCUCCCCAACUCUGAGCAUCCACCCCUCCCUGUCUGAGCUCCGACCCCCUGCUGAGCCCCCCAGCCCCCCACUGAGUUCCCGUGGAACUGGCAGGGGUUCCGCCCUUCCCUGAGCCCAAGCCCCGUCCUCCUCCUCCACGGGGCAUUGCCUGGCCUCUGCAGUCCUGAUUCCCGCUUCCCAGCAUCCCUUGGGCUCCAGGAUGCUCACGGCAGCACUGGGGGAGCCUCUGGGUCCCCACUGAGGGGUCAGUGGGCACCUGCGGGGGAGUUGCCUGAGGGCAGCCUGUGGGGUGGCCUGGCCAGCUCUCCCACUAGGGUGGGCCCCUCACUCCCAGCCCCACCCAGUGUGACACCCCCCAGGCUGAUGUGUGGGGUCCCAGCUCAGGUCCAGCCCAGGCCUCACGGCGGGGAUGGGGCUGUGGCACCCAGGUCAGACCUGCCCUUGCAUGGGGUCCACUGGGCUGGGGGAGAGACGCCUCAGUGAGGUGGGGAGCCAGCAGCUGGACAGCCUGGGGGUGCAGCUCUAUACCAGGCCCUUGGGCAAGCAGCAGAGUGUGCAGGGGGUGGAGGCAGCCCAUGCCACUGGCUGCUCCUCUGGGCCUCUCACACCCUCCAUCCCAGCCCCCAGGCUCUCAUCAGUUCUAGCCCUGGUCUUUGCACAGACCAGUUCUGUAGUCUGCUGGGGCAUGUGGACACAGCAUGUGUGAGCGUCUGGACAUGGCAUGUGAGUGUAGACAGCACAUGUGUGAGAACGUGUGGACACGGCAUGUAAGCGUCUGCACGGCACAAGUGUGAGCAUGUGGACACGGCACAUGUGUGGGAGCGUGUGGACGUGUGUGUGAGAGCGUCGACAUGGCGUGUGUGAGAACGUGUGGACAUGGCACAUGUGGGAGUGUGGACACGGCCUGUGUGAACGUCUGGACAUGGCAUGAGUGUGAAAGCGUGUGGACAUGGCAUGUGUAAGUGGACACAGCAUGAGAGCGUGUGGACACGGGAUGAGUUGUGUGGACACGAGGGCUAUGUGUGUGACAGCGUGUGGACACAUAGCCCGUGUGUGAGAACAGCCAUGUAUGUGUGUGGGUAAGGCAGGUGAGCACAUGGGUGGGUGUGGGCAGGGAAGUGGCAGGAAGGGGCUGUGAGGUCAGGCAGCCAUGAGCAAAGGGCAGGGGCAGGCUGGGCAUCGGUUGUGGGGGGCUCAGGGGAGGGCCCCUGCUGGGAGCCCACCCAGGAGCUCAGGGGCCACAGGGACCUGGAACCCGGCGGAGCAGCUUCCAGCGGUUGCUCCAGCCUCCUGGGGCUAUAGGGAGACAGGGCUUUGUCCAAGCACACAGCCCAGACCCACCAGACAGCGGCAAAUGUGCUGACCCCCACCUGGCUCCGACCCUCACCCUCCUCCCUGCCCUCCAGCUGCCUGGCCUGCCAAGGAGAGGAUGAAGCCAGCCAAUCCCUGAGGCUUGUGGCCACACCCUGGGCCAGCACGACCCAUAGGGUAUAAAUAGACCUGCUUGGGUGCCCACACCCGGCAACUCACACCUGCCUCAGACCAGAGCUCUGCGCGGGCGAGGGCGCCACAGUCCGUGUCCCCACCUGUCUUGGACGGGGCAGAAGCAACACCUGCCAGACCAGUGCCACCAGGACAGCUACUGGUGGCCGGCCCCGGGAGGGAUACCUGCCGGGUGAAGCACAGGCUGGGCCGGGCCCAGAGAAGAGGAAGCAAACUCUGCCAGGGCAGGGCAGCCCAGGGCCUUGGAGCCCAACUGUGGUCAGCGAGGAGGACCAUGCCCAGGACCCGCUGACCCCUGGUCACCAGCUCAAAGACAUGUCGUCAGGCCAGCAGAUGUGGCACUCGGCCGUGCCCCCCCAUCGCCGGAGCAGCUCCACAGCCUCAAUGCCCAGGUCCCCCAGCUCGGCUGGCAGCCCCAGGUCCCCUGGCACCCCUGGCUCGGAGAAGGUGGCCUCCCCCCUGGAGUGCUCCAUCUGCUUCUCAGGCUAUGACAACAUCUUCAAGAUGCCCAAGGAGCUCUCCUGCACCCACGUCUUCUGCCUGGAGUGCUUGGCCCGGCUGGUGGCUGCUCAGCCUGUGGGCCGCCCAGGCAGUGAGGCUGUACCUUGCCCCUUCUGCAGGCAGCCCACGACCGUGCCGCCUGCCGGAGCCCCCGCACUGCGCACCAGCCGCCAGUUGCAGGCCCGGAUGCCAGCGCAUUUGCGGCGCGAGGAGCCUGUGUGGCUGGAGGGCACCAAGCUGUGCUGCCAACCACUGCCCACCACACCUGGCCACAAGCCCAGCUUUGUAUGUGUGGACGUGGGUUUGAGCAAGCCUGCCGAGCCACCCGCACCCGCCCAGGACCCUGCCCCCCGCCGGGGCCACCUGGCCCGCUGCUGGAUGCGCUGCAGGGACUGGAGGCGCAUGGCACUGGUCUCUGCCCUGCUGCUGGUGCUCUUCUGCGUGGCACUCUGGCCGGUGCAGUGUGCGCUCAAGACUGGGAACCUGCGCUGCCUGCCGCUGCCUCCCCGGCCCCCGGCCACCACCACAGUCGCCGCCCCCCUCGGGCCUCUGACUGACAACUAGGGCCACCAGCCUUUGCACAGGUCAGCCGCCCUCACCCAGCUCCAUGGGUGGGUCCCCCACUGGGGGGCUCAAGGGCGCAGCAGCCACUGGAAGUCGAUCCCCGAGGAUGCAGAAGGAGCCUGGCAUCUCUGAAGACUCCUUCUGGGCCCCACCAAGACCAGGCUCCAUUUAGCUUGUCCACCCCUCACUCUCCAGGCUGGGUCCUGAUGGGGUGGACAAGAGGGUCCCCAAAGCCUCCAGGAACCACGGCUCACCGGACGCGGUGGCUCAUGCCUGUCAUCCCAGCACUUUGGGAGGCUGAGGCGGGAGGAUCACUUGAGGUCAGGAGUUUGACACCAGCCUGGCCAACGUGGUGAAACCCUGUCUCUACUAAAAAUACAAAAAUUAGCUGGGCAUCGUGGCGGGCGUCUCUUGGCUACUUGGGAGGCUGAGGCAGGAGAAUUGCUUGAACCCAGGAGGUGGAGGUUGUAGUGGGCCAAGAUUGCACCACUGCAUCCAGCCUGGGUGAAACAGCGGGACCCUGUCUCAAAUUGAAAAAAACCAAAACAAAAACAAAAAACCAGGCUCCUACAGGAAGCGCCCAGGAGAGAAGCUGGUCAGCGCUCCUGCCACCCACACACAGUGUGAAUUGCCUACCAGGGAAGCCCCUUGCCAAGAAGGAAUGGGCCUUGCCAUGCUUCGACUCAUGCCGACGUGUCCCCCUCAGGGCUGGCCCCGCCGUUGGGUGGGGUGCUAGUCUUGCCCUCUGACUGUGGGGAGAGUGUGGAGGCAGGGCAGCCCCCCAGUGCGGGGUGACCACAGAAACUUCCAGCUGCCCUUGUACAUUUUAAAAUAAAUUAUUUGUAUCCAUCUUUGGUAA